AUGAAUAAUUAUGAUAAGACUAUUGUACCAAGUACAUUAGGAGUUAAUGUAACUGUUGAAGUUACAAUUCAAGAUAUUUCAUCUAUAUCAGAAUUAACAGGUUCAUUUGAAACAGAUUUAUGGUUUUCACAAAUAUGGAUGGAUGAUAGACUUAAAUAUGAACAUAUAUCAUGUAAAAAAAAUUUAUCAUUAGAUGCAUCUGUUGUUGAUUUAUUAUGGACUCCAAAUACAUGUUUUGUUAAUAGUAUGAAAACAGAAAUACAUACUAGUCCUUCACAAAAUGUACUUCUUAUUAUAUAUCCUAAUGGAACAGUAUGGUUAAAUUAUAGAGUACGUAUUUCUGCACCAUGUAAAUUUGAAUUAUCAAAUUUUCCUCUUGAUAAUCAAAAAUGUGAAUUAAUAUUUGAAAGUUAUUCAUAUAAUAUUGCUGAGGUACGUUUAUAUUGGAGAGAAUGGGAUCCUGUAUCAAUAUCUAAUUCUGAUUUUAAACUUCCUGAUUUUUCAUUUUAUAAUGUUACAUGGCAACGUGAAAUGCUUGAAUAUACAGCUGGAAUGUGGGACCAAUUAAAAGUUACAUUUAGAUUUAAAAGACUUUAUGGUUAUUAUUUACUACAAAUGUAUUUACCAACAUACCUAUCUGUCUUUAUAAGUUGGAUUGCUUUUUGGAUAGACUCAAAAGCUUUACCAGCACGUAUUACAUUAGGAGUUUCAUCUUUAAUGGCAUUAACAUUUCAAUUUGGUAAUGUUGUUAAAAAUUUACCACGUGUUUCUUUUGUUAAGGCUAUAGAUCUUUGGUUUUUUGUUUGUGUUGCAUUUAUUUUUUGUUCACUUGUAGAACUUGCCAUUGUUGGUUUUAUAGAUAAAGCAUCGAUAAGUGGAUAUAAAAAAAAAAUGAAAUUCAAAUGGAAUAACAUAAAAACAAACUAUUAUCCAACAGAAACAUGUCUCAUUAAAGGAUGUCAUCAUGAUGUUUCCGAAAGAAUAGAUUCAUCUUCACCUACAAACUUUAUAGAUAUUAAUGAAGACAAUCCUGUGUAUGAGUCUGUUUUAACAUCACAACCAAUCACAAGAAUGAUAUCAUGUGAUUCAUUUUCUAAUUUAAAAAUUUUCGCAAGAAAUAAGACAAAGAGAGCACAAACUAAAAAUAGACAUUAUCAGAGAAAGUUCUUUAAUCAUCCAAAUAUAAGUGAAAAGGUUGAUUCAUUUGCGGCAAAACUUUUUCCUGCAUUAUUUGCAUUAUUUAAUGUGAUUUAUUGGUGGUAUUAUCUUUCUCAAAAUAACUACUCAAAUAACUACGUAACUGCUGACCAUCAUUAA